AUGUCCAAUGUGAUUGUACGAAUGAAUGAAUUCACCAAUAUAUGGCCUAUAUUAUUAGAUUAUGAUCAAAGGGAGUGUUUACAAAUUUUACGACGUCUUGAAUUAGAAGCUUAUAGUAAAAUUGUUGCUGUAUUACGUGCACAAGGACCAUUAACUGAAGAGAAAAAGAAAUUAUUACAUAAAUUACAACGUCUUUUAAGUAUAUCCAUUGAUCGACAUAAAGCAGAAGUACGUAAAGCAUUAAAUGAUGAAGAGCUUGCAACUAUAUCUGAAGCUGUAUGCGGUAAAGAAGUUGAUGAAGAAUGGAUCCUGGAAGGUAAACGUAUUUCACCAAUUUUUCAACGUCCAAGUCCUGAAACUAUUUUUAUAUCACAAGCUAAUAAAGCUUCAUUUGAACAAUUGAUUCGUAAUUCUCGAUUACCUUAUCCAUCGGAAACAGCAACAUUUUCUGAAACUCUUAUAAAUUUAUCAAAAUUACAUGGAAAAAUUGAUGUUAAUAAACAACAGUCAGUUGAAAAGAAAUCUUCUUCAAUACCAUUGACAAAUGAUCAAACAUGUGAUCAAUCAGUUGUAGUAGUAGUACAUCGUAAUGAAUCUGAGACAAUGACUUCGACUGCUUUGAAUGAUUCACAAAAUAACAUGAAAUCCGAUGAGAAAUGUUUACCAGUUAAAGCUCAAAAUAAUAAUAUUAAUAAUAAUAAUAAUCCUCUUGUUAAAUCAUUACUUCAGCCAAAAACUACCAUUACUACUCCGAUUGCUACUACUAUUACUCCGACUACUCCGACUACUACUACUACUCUGACUACUACUCCUAUGCUGCAAUCACCGCCAUCGUUGUUGUUAAAAGAUAAUGAUUGUCAUGUUGUGGAGAAAGGUGCCUCAGAUGACGCUGGAGGUGGUAUAUUGCCGCCAAAAUUAGAGAAAAAUUCCUCCUCAUCGUCAUUACUUGAAAUGAUCGAUAGCCGCCAACAUGAUGACAACGCCGUAUCCACUACUACUACUACUACUACCAAUGCUCAUGUUGAAAUUCCCAGCGCAAAACAUCAAUCGUUAUCCAACCAAUUCACAGUGAUGCCAACAACAGUAGUAGUAACACGUGAAUAUUCCACUUUGAAAUCAGAAAAUGCCUCACUUGUCAAUUGUAUGAAUGAUAUGAGUGUAUUGGAUAAGUUGUCUAAUAAGGAAGAAGUUAAUAAUCAUUUAAAUUCUAUUGAUACACAAAUCACACUAUCAUCGGAUGCUGUCAGCUAUGUCAAUGCAAAAUCUUCUACUCCUCCUUAUCAAUCGGUUCUUAGUCAAAUUAAUCGAAUUCCUAUGACAACUAAUGUAACAACAAAUAGUAAAUUAUUACAUUCAUCUAAUUAUCCUGCAAAUGUUCUUCUACAUCAGAAUGUGAUGAAUUUUACUUCAUCGUCGUCAUCGUUACCAUCAUCGACAUCAUCGUCGUUGUCGGCGCAUACAUCUCAACAUUUGGUCGUACAAAUGCAUCGAAAUCCAGAUGUCCUAUUGGAUUCUAAUCCGCAAGUAUUCACAACUACUACACAACGUUGUUCUCUAUUGAAUCCAACUAAUAAUUCAAUGUAUCUUUGUGAAAAUACAACACCGACAAUGACACGUUUAUGUUCUACUGUUUAUACUACUACUACAACUACAAAUACUACUACUAAUCUAUCUAGUCAUAUGAAUAAUUUCACAACAAAUUACCCUAGUAAUAAAUUAUAUCAAUCUAUCAAUAGAUCUAAUUUUGAUAAUAAUGUCAUUGCAGUUGUUACACGUCAUCAACAACAAUCAUUUACUCCUAGUGUUCUAAGUGUUCAAAGUCUUCAUAAUCAUAAUACUACACCACCAUCUCAACGUUUUCGUUCACCACCACAAUCUCACACAUCAAUUAUUUCUACUAAUGAUAUGUCAAAACAAUUUGCCUCAUUAACACAAUUACAAAAUCCAAAAAUUUUAAAAGCUACCACUAUACCAGCCACUUCUUUAGCCACGAAUAUAUUUUCUUCUGGUUCAAUGAUCAAUAUUACAACAGAUCAUUUACCGAUCGCUAAUCAUCAUAAUAUUACUAGUAAUACUAAUAAUCAUACUGAUCAAUCAUAUCGUACUUCAUUGCUGCCACAAAAUACAUUGAUCCCAUCAAGUUCUGUUGUACAAUUCCCAUCAUCGAUUUCUGGGAAUAAUGUUAUUGUUUUGCAUAAAGGUGUUGUUGCACGUAAAACAUUCACACCUACUUCAUCUAUACGCAUUGGAUCAACUGUACCGUUCAAUAAUACUACUACUAAUAAUAAUAAUAGUAGUACACAACCAAUUUUAUCUGGUAAUAAUAAUUAUUCAAAUGCUUCUUCAAUGACAACUACAUUCCCUCCAGGUCGUCAAUUUCGUAUUAUUGGCUUAUCUAAUAAUAAUAAUAAUACACCUGGUUACUCUAAUGCCAAUAUUGUGGACAAUGCAGUUUAUAAUCAAGAAUCUAGUCAAAUGAUACGAAAUAUUCAUGAAAUAACAUCAAUUCCAAAUCCGCCUACAUUGACACCAGCCAAUAUGAUCUCAUCAUCAUCAACAUCAACAUCAUCGCCAUCAUCCUCCUCACUAUCAAGUCAAUUAUUGCAUCAUGCAUCACGUUUAGGAUCAAUACUUGAAGUGGAUUUAGAUUCAGAUAAUUAUCAUGAUCAAAUUAAUUUCUAUGCUGAUUAUCAAAAUGUUACUGCGGCUGCCGCGGCUACUGCCACAGCCGAUACAUUGAAAUUAAACCAUCCACCUCCACCACCACCACCACCUCUUAUUCAUCAUCAUUAUAAAAAGUCGACAAUGUUAACUGCCGCUGAUGAAUUUUCAGUUGUUAAUUUACCUCGUUCUACUACUGACACUAAUACUAAUACUACUCAUAUUAGUAAUACUCAUAAUGAUUUACAUAAUACUACUUCAUCUGGUUUAUAUACUAUCAUCAGUGAUGAAUCAUUGAGUAAUAGUAAUAAUAACAAUAAUAGAUUAACAGCAUAUUCAGAGAGUGGUCAUAUUAUCUAUCAACGUGAUCAAUUCACUUCGAUGGCAGCAGCAGCAGUUUCUCCAUCUGCAACAUUCAUUGAUUCAUCACAAAAAUGUAUUGAAUUCACAACUCCUUGGAAUAAUAACAAUAAUAUGAUUGGCAGCAGUAAUAAUAAUAAUAAUAGUAAUAUUACUAUUAGUAGUUGUAAAAGAAAUCAUCAAAUUAUUGAUCGUUUCCAAACAAAUCCUUCUACAUCACCAAAUGUUGUCGUAUUCAAUACUACUUGUAAUAGUAAUAGUAGUAAUCCACCGAAUGCUAAACGUCCACGUUUCGGAUUCACACCAACAUCAGUAUCAUCAUCCUCAUCGUUAUCGUCAACACCGCCGCCAUCAUCAUCAUCGACAUCCACGUCUACAACAGCUACCAUUGAAAGUUUGCAUUAAUGCCUAGAUGAUUUUGAUUUUCUUUUAUUCUUCUUUGUAACCCCCUCCCCUUCCCCCAAGGACCAUUCGCUUUCAUUGGACAGAUUGUUGUAUUCUCUGUUUGUCCGUCUUUGUCACACUCACUCACUCACUCCAUCCAUCUAUCUUGUAUUAUUAUUCACUUGUUGUCUGUCUAUAAAGUAUAGUUCAAUUUUUGUAUACUCAUACACUAAAUAUUACUAUCAUUAUUAUUAGUAGUAGUAAUAAUCCGUUUUUUCAAUUUAAUCAAUAAUGCAGGAGAAAUAAUUAUUACGUCAUUUUCUCUUUCGUGUUGUUUUUCUUUUUGUACUAUUCGAAAAAUUCCUGUUUCCAUGU